AUGGACUUGGCUCGCAAUCCAUACUAUCGAUAUAAUUCGAAACUUUUAAUAAUUAUUGGGCAGUGGCCUUAUCAAACGUCUAUAAGGAAUCACGUGCAUCAGUUCCUUGUUCAUUUAUCUAUUUUCAGUGUAAUACUCCCACAGGUGAUUAAGAUGUUCGAAUCAUGGGGUGACGUUGAUAUUAUGAUUGAAUGUUUCACGCCCGUAGGUGUGCAAUUAAUAGCUGUUAUAAAAUCUGUCAACUGCAUGAUAAAUCGACGCAAGAUACGUUUAGUUGCUGAUCACAUGCUAAAUGAUUGGGCGACUUUAAAUAACGAAAUUGAACUUGCAAAACUUAAAACAUUUGCUGAAGGGAGUAGAAAAAUCUCUAUCAUAUACUCAUCUUUUUUAUUUGGAUCGUUGAUUAUUUAUUUACUCAUACCGAUGAUGCCUUCAAUUUUAAAUGUUGUUCUACCUCUGAACACUAGUCGACAACGAACUUAUUUGUAUCAAACCGAAUACUUCGUAGAUUCUGAAACAUAUUUUUGGUGGAUUGCAUUGCAUACUUAUUUUGGUACGGUCCUAACAAUAUGCACUGUAGUAUCCGUAGAUGCAAUGUUUUUCACAUACAUUCACCAUGUCUGUGGCCUACUUGCAAUCGUAAGUGAAAAGAUAGAAAAAACAUCAGAAAAAAUAAACUGGGCGAAAUUUGAUCUAAACAUUCCGCUGGCAGAGGAUGACUUUUAUGAAGAGCUUAAGUGCUGCAUCAGAAAACAUCAGGAUGCUAUCGAUUUAGCUAAACUCAUAGCAUCGAGCUUUUCUAGCUCAUUGCUCUUUGAGCUGGUUAUUGUCAUGGUUCUUUUAAGUGUCUCCCUAGUUCAGCUCUUAUUAAAACUAGGACAGUACGAUGAAAUGUAUAGGAUCAUACAAUUCAAUGCUGCCCAAUUUUUUCAUCUCUUCUUUAAUAGCUGGCCCGGUCAAAAACUUAUUGAUUCUAGUGUUCGUUUCAGAGAAUCCGUUUACUACUCAGGAUGGCAUGGAUUUUCUUCUAGAAGCAGGAGUCUACUGAAAAUCAUUAUGGCGGGUGCAAGGGAGCCAUUGAAAAUCACCGCAUACAAUUUCUAUGAUCUCUCCAUGGAGAAUUUUGGCUCGAUACUUCAAACUUCGUUAUCCUACUUCACUGUUCUAGCGUCGUUGAGAUAGAUCUUUUUCAAGUGUGGAGCAAGCAGCGAAAGGAAUAAAGUAUUUAUGGAAAAAUAGUAACGGUUUUUUAAAGAAGAAAUCUUAUUUUAUAAACGUUAUUCUAUAAAUAAAAUGUUUAUUACAGUAGGCUCAAGCAAUGUUGCACAUUUCAUUAUACUUACAUCCUCUGCAUAAUUCAGUCACUUUAUUAUGCGUUUUCAUAUAAACACUAUGUAACAACUGUUUGGGUCUAUAUGGCUUAAAAAGAUGGAGGUUGUAAGUUUCUCCCGCAAAUUCAAAUUUUGGCCGUCAUAAAAUCCUUGAC